AAUUUCUCGAAGGUGCGGCGGGGCCGGGGAGCGGGACGUGGGGCGGGAGCGGCGGGUCCUUAACGCCGCCAUGAAUCACAAGAGCAAGAAACGGAUCCGCGAGGCGAAGCGCAGCGCCCGGCCCGAGCUGAAGGACUCGUUGGAUUGGACCCGGCACAACUACUGCGAGACCUUCCCGCUCAGCCCCGCUGCGUGCAAGGAUAACGUGGAGCGGGCAGAUGCUCUCCAGCUCACUGUGGAGGAGUUUGUGGAGCGUUACGAAAAGCCCUACAAGCCCGUGGUCCUGCUGAACGCCCAGGUGGGCUGGUCUGCACAGGAGAAGUGGACUCUGGAGAGGCUGAAACGCAAAUACAGGAACCAGAAGUUCAAAUGCGGGGAGGACAAUGAUGGUUACUCUGUGAAGAUGAAGAUGAAGUACUACAUUGAGUACAUGGAAACCACGCGUGAUGACAGCCCGCUGUACAUAUUUGACAGCAGUUAUGGAGAGCAUCCCAAGCGCAGGAAACUCCUGGAGGACUACAAAGUACCCAAGUUCUUCACUGAUGAUCUGUUUCAGUAUGCGGGGGAGAAACGAAGGCCACCUUACAGGUGGUUUGUGAUGGGCCCACCUCGUUCUGGAACAGGAAUUCACAUCGACCCCUUGGGAACCAGCGCGUGGAACGCCUUGGUGCAGGGACACAAGCGUUGGUGCCUCUUCCCCACCAGCACUCCCAGAGAGCUGAUCAAAGUGACACGGGAGGAGGGAGGUAACCAGCAGGAUGAGGCCAUCACGUGGUUCAAUGUCAUAUACCCGAGGACACAGCUUCCCACCUGGCCUCCUGAAUUCAAACCCCUGGAAAUCUUGCAGAAGCCAGGAGAGACUGUUUUUGUACCAGGUGGUUGGUGGCACGUAGUUCUCAACCUGGACACAACGAUUGCCAUCACACAGAACUUUGCCAGCUGUACCAACUUCCCUGUGGUGUGGCACAAGACAGUGAGAGGGAGACCCAAAUUAUCACGAAAGUGGUACAGGAUCUUAAAGCAGGAGCAUCCUGACUUGGCAGCACUGGCUGAUUCGGUUGACCUACAGGAAUCUACUGGUAUUGCUUCCGAUAGCUCUAGUGAUUCUUCCAGCUCCUCGAGCUCCAGCUCCUCUGACUCUGAUUCAGAGUGUGACUCUGGCUCCGAGACAGAGGGGAUGAUGCAUCGGAGGAAGAAGAGGAGGACGUGCAGCAUGAUGGGGAACGGUGAUACAACUUCCCAGGAUGACUGCGUGAGCAAAGAGCGCAGCUCCUCCAGGAUUAGGGAAUCUUGUGGAGGCCGCAGUUACCCCUGAGAGAUAACAGCACCCACCCAGAGGCAGCUGCCCAUCGGAGCUCCGUUAGCAGCCAGCCAGCUCUGUCCUACCCCCCCCUUCUGCUCCUGCUCCUCACAAUCCUUUUUGGUCACUUUUCUUCAAUCCAAACAUCAGUCUUCAUUCUGUGCUGUUGAAGGUUGGCUCCUUACUAACUGAAAGGGGAAUGCCCCGACUACAUUCUCGUGCAAUGCUUUGUCCCCUCUGCGCCCCGAGUGAGUGCACUAAAAACCCAUCUGUGGGUAUGGACAUGCCAAGUAUUUAAUGGGUUGUGUAACUGGCGAGGAAGACAACGGUCAGUUUUUAAAGAACUUUUUAAAACCAGCAGGUAAACCUAGAAACCUGCCUUGCUUUGAUACUGUCUUAUGUUUACAUGUUGUCCUGUACACUUGAGGAAAGGAACACCAGCCCUUUGGCCCAGCGGGAUGGCGGCGGAGGUGGGAUGGAUGCUCCAAGCACUGAAGCCACUUCAGUGGAGUUGACUUCCCACCUGAAGCAUCUUUUGUGCUCUUAAUCUACACGUACAAGUUUGAAGUGCAUCCUAUUACCAGCCACGAUCCAUUUACCUUUGCUCUGUGCAGUGACAGAGAUGCACUAGCACCUUGCCAUAGGAAUCUCGAUGGAGCCAGAGAAUCCUGGAGUUUCUUGCACAGCAAAAAACAUGGGGGGAAAAGUCAGCAUUUGCCAGUAAUGACACUCCUUUAGGUGUAGGUGUGAUGUUCAGCACUGGGCAACAACUGACAAAUCUGACUCUUACGUAGCAACAACAGUUGCUGGGCUUUAAAUACUGAGCAGUGGGGCCGUGGACUUGUUUGGGCCGGUGUGGUUCGUGUGUGUAAAUGGCUUUCCUUUGAGGCUAUGGCUUCAGAAAUGUAUAGAACGUACAGUGCCAAUUUUAAAGGACUGGGAGGGGGGCAUAUUGUUGUUUGAUGCUUUAUACAAAUGAAAUGUGAUGUUUUAAGUCUGUGUAGGUGCGUUUGUAUCAUGGCAGGUAAGCUCUCAUCCCCAAGGGAUUUGUUGGAUCUGCUGUUCCUUUCACAGGGGCUUGUGCUGGUAGUGUCAGCAAAGAGGUCUGUCUUGCUGGAGGCGUGCUGUGAGGAAGAGAUCCUUCUUUUCUACCUGCACAGUGCAGCCAGGAGCUGGCUGUGUUGGGAUGCUUCCUUGAGUGCUCUCCUGAGGCCCAGGAGGUGGUGUUACAUCUCACAUCAGCCAUUCUUUGAGAGAGGGAGGCUGAAAGCACAAGUGAUGUGCAUGUACUAAUCCUGCAUUGAUGCCCAGAACUGGUAGCUGAACUAAAAAGCAGAUUGGCAGCCUUAACUGUUGUAUCUGCUGGGUUUGAUGGUAGCUGGAAUGUUGGAUUUUAUUUAUUUUAACCCUGUCACUCUCCUGUUUAAACACUCUCUCCCUUCUUGGAGAUUGGGCUGGGUCUUGUUGUGCAAGGGAACCUGAACUACAUUUGGCAGGAACUCAGCUUCUGAAAUUCCAGUACCAGUCAGUUAAUGUAGGAGCAGUGUGUUGGUGAGGAGGGAGAGAAGGUUUGUUGGUGUUCUCCUUAGCUGUCCAGACCCCUGAAUUUCUUCUAGUAACAGACAUAAGUGCACAUGGAUAUGUGUGCUCUGUAGGGCACUGCAGAUUAUUCCAGAUUACUUCACUUUGAAGCAAACUUCCCAAACUAGUAGCGUUUCUGCCCAGGGUUGCCUUUUAUUUCAAGCUCAGUUGAACAGCCAGGAGUCUGCACAACCCAUGUAGUCCUCAGAGAGAGCAGGCUGCAGCUGCUGCCUUUGGAAGAAUGGAGUGUGCUGUGUUUGAGGAGGCUGCCUGCCCUCCUCGGUGCUGCACAGUUGCUUUGUAUGGAAGGUGCUGCACAGUUGCUUUGUAUGGAAGGUGCUGCACGCUCUGGCUUGCUGUUGUGUUUGGCAUGCAGAGAUCAGCUUUGCCAUCUUAAAGUCUUACACGUGCAGGAUAGGCCAAGCGCUGCUCCACCAGAAGCACAGCAGGGAAGAUCCAAAGUGCAGAGCAUUCUAUUCCUUCGUGCCUAUGAACUCUUCAUGGGGUGAAAUGAAGCAGUUUCUGCUUAAAGGCUGUGUUCAUUGAAGGUCCCUUACAGAAAGGCAGUGUUUGGAAUGAACCACCAACACCGCCAGCUCUGCGUGAUGGGAAGCAAAGCUGUGUGUGCAUUGGCUGCCUGGGAACUGGGACUGCUGGGAUCUCUGGUUCUUCCUCUUACAGGCUCUUGCCUCAACUGAGUUGGUGAGCUUCUGUCUUUGUUAAGAAGGGGCGAUACCUACCUCACAGGGGUGUUGUGAGGCUGAAACGUGAUUACUGUAUAAGAUGCUCUGACUUCCUUCUCCUAUGAGUUUUCCAGCAAUACUGAGCAAACUGAGGCUUCCUAACCAGGUGUUAGCUCUUCCUAACAGAAAACAUUUGGGAUGUUGUGCAGCACUUUUGGCCACCUGGUUUUCUCUGGUAGUCCUUCCAGAAUUGCUGCGUGGUGCAUAAAUUGAGGCAGAAUGAGGCUUUUUGUCUGGCCAGAAUUUAACGUUUGGCAUUUUGUCGCUUGCUCUAAGCAGGAGGUUCUGCUAUUUUGCUAGAUCAGGAUUUAAAAAUAAUAAUAAAUGAAGUGGGUAAGUUAACUCUGAUCAGGGCGUUGGCCUUACAGGAAGAAGGGGAUGUUCUCCAGGCCCCUUCCAUGCCAGAGCAUAACUUAGAAGCUGCUCCUUGUGCCUGGAUCCGUGCGUGUGGGAGGCUGGCUGGGGAGCACGUGUGUGCUCUUGCUUCUCCACACUUGUGCUCCUUGCAGCAUUGAUGUUCCUCCUAACCCCACUGCUUCUGCCUACUGUAGAGCCAUGGAUGUAGCAGACCCAGCCAGCCCCUCGUUUCCCUGAGCCCCACAGCAGCUCUGCUCAGCCCCGUGCUCAGCCUGUUCCAUUGGGGCUGCUGGCAGCUGUGUGCUGGUUUGGGCCGGGCUUCUUGGUGUUGUGCCUGCCCUGCCAAAGGGAAGGGAGCUGUGAGCUCUGCUCCCCGAUGCAGGCCUGUCUGCUCUGGGGGUUCAGGAGUAAAUUAAUGCCCCUUCAGAACUGUGGCGCACACAGCUCAGCACCUGCUGCUGCACAGUGCUUGGGGACAGGUGAUGCUGAGGAGGUGCUGGCACACAAACCUCCCUCCCCUUUGCAGCUUGGGUGGGCUGGCUCUGUGUUGUCUUCUCAGUUACGUGCUUGGAAGGAAGACAACAACUUCUUUCAUAAUAAACCCAGAGCCUUUUCCUCCUCCAAUCCCCAGCCAUUGUGGGGUGGAAAGCGAGACUGCUGACUGAAUCAGCUGAGAUGCAUGUGUGUGCUAAUCUAAUAGAAAUAAACGUUGCAAUAGGAAGGUUUUGGCAUUCCUCUUGCAAAGGAAGGAAGGAAGAAGCAAACUGAUCCAUUCAGCAGUCUGCCUGAGCCCCCAGCCUUGCCACUGCCAUCAGCUGCUUUUAUGGCCCCGUCCAGCAGAGCUGGGAUACUCUUAACUGUCUCGUUUGGAUGAUUGUGGUUUUGCUUUUUAUUUGAAAUAAAAUCAAUUAUUUUGCA